AGGUCGGUAUCCUGUACUGCAGCCAUUACACAGCUAAAGUAGUUAAUGUUUGGCAGCAAAUAAGCGUUUUUGUUACUUUAAAAAAAAAGUGACGGGAGAUGAUGGGUUCCUCUGUUGUCCUGACAAGAACAUUUCGUGGUACUUUGUAGGCACUGCUCCAUGGCCCACUUACCCGGAAACUGUUACGGGACUACUGCUUAUCUAUCCACAGUAGCGCAGAGUAAUCAUGGCGGCGUGGUGUUGCCGAAGAAAACAUUCAGGAUUUUCAUCGGUGAAUAAAAAUAAUUAAAUACAAGACACCCUGGAAAGAUGAGACCUUUUAUUAUUUUUCUUUAGAACACCGUGCAUUACUAAGUACAUUGACCAAGCAACAGUAAAUUCUGAACCAUUCAUAAUUUUGCAAAAAGAAUAGAAAAUGAGCAUACAGUACAGCAUACUUUUCAAGCAAGAACAUGCUCAUGAUGAUGCUAUUUGGACUGUGGCAUGGGGGAGGAGUGAGAAAGAUGGCACCGAUACUAUAGUGACAGGGUCAUUGGAUGACUCGGUAAAAGUCUGGAAGUGGACAGAUGAGAAGCUGGAGUUACAGUGGUCUCUGGAAGGUCAUCAGCUUGGGGUGGUGUCAGUGGAUAUAAGUCACAAUGGUGCCAUUGCAGCCUCCAGUUCCUUAGAUGCCCACAUACGUCUCUGGGAUCUGGACUCUGGCAAACAGAUAAAAUCAAUGGAUGCAGGACCAGUGGAUGCUUGGACCGUGGCCUUUUCUCCAGAUUCCAAGUACGUGGCUACAGGAAGCCAUCUCGGGAAAGUUAACAUCUUUGGUGUGGAGAGCGGGAAGAAGGAAUUUUCUUUGGACACUCGAGGGAAAUUCAUCCUUAGUAUUGCAUAUAGCCCAGAUGGGAAGUAUCUGGCCAGUGGAGCUAUAGAUGGAAUCAUUAAUAUUUUUGAUAUUGCUACUGGAAAACUUCUCCACACGUUGGAAGGUCACGCUAUGCCGAUUCGAUCCCUGACGUUCUCGCCAGAUUCUCAGCUUUUAGUAACAGCUUCGGAUGAUGGCUACAUCAAGAUAUAUGAUGUACAACAUGCAAACCUUGCUGGGACUUUGAGUGGCCAUGGAUCUUGGGUAUUAAAUGUUGCAUUUGGUCCAGACGACACCCACUUUGUUUCAAGCUCAUCUGACAAGAGUGUCAAAGUGUGGGAUACUGGCUCAAGAGCAUGCGUGCACACAUUCUUUGAUCAUCAAGAUCAGGUGUGGAGUGUUAAAUACAAUGGAAAUGGUUCUAAGGUAGUGUCUGCUGGAGAUGAUCGGGAAAUCCACAUAUACGACUGUCCAGUUUAAUUGUGGUUUAAGAGACUGGAAGAGUGAACAAACUGACCCUGCAGUAUGGAAGAUAUUCCCAAUGGCUCUGCACCCGAUACAUCAUAGAACAGCCUGUGUUGGCAUAGUAUCCAGAUACUUUUAUUAUAGUCUAAUGAAAACAGCUGUAUAAACACAUCCCGAUGUUCAUUAUGGAUACAACUGGGAAAAACAUUUUUCUUUUAUUAAAAAAAGAAGCAUUUAUUCUGCUCA